AUGCAUUUCAAGGUCUAUCUGUUACUAUACACCCAUCUUUUCGUCAUUAGUUGUUCUGAUGCCUUUAAUAUCACAACUAUCCUCAGCCAACACCCAUCUUUCAGUACCUUCAAUCACUAUAUCUCUCAAACCCAACUUACUGCAGAGAUCAAUUCGCGCCGAAUUAUUACAGUUUUUGCUGUUCCUAACGAUGUUGUUUCGUCUUUAUCUGGAAAACCGCAUGAUGUGCUUAAAAACCUCUUGAGGGUUCAUGUUGUUCUUGGUUAUUAUGAUGUCGAAAAGCUUCGUAAUUUGCCAAACGGAACUGUUCAAAUGACGACGUUGUUCCAGAUCACUGGUCGAGCUGUUGAGCAACAGGGUUUCUUGAAAGCUACGGUUUUGAAAACCGGAAAUGUGGUCAUUCGCUCGGCUACUCAAACCUGGGGGGCUAUUUUGCUCAAGUCGGUUGCGGUUGAGCCUUGUCACAUUUCGGUAGUUUCUAUUAGCACCGUCAUCGUCCCUAUGGGGAUGGAUUGUGGGGUUUUAGUUUCGGAUUCAAAUUCGACUUCUCCGGUGGAACCACCUGCCCCCCACUCUGCUGCACGUAGCCCAAAAAUGCCCCUGGUCCCCGCCCCUGGGCCUUCCAAUAGCCCGAAAAUGGUUCCACCAUGGGCUAGCACUCCAAAAGCGGUCCCAUCAAUGGCUCCUAAGCCACUGGCAUCUCAUGAAGGAUCUCCAUCACCUUCUGCAAAUGCACCCGGAGAAUCAUCACUGGCAGGUGCACCGACGGCGGCAGCCUCAGAAUCUCUAGCAAAUGCACCGGGGGCAUCUAGAGAAUCACCCCCCAAGCGUAUAGAUACACCAACAGGAUCACCACCAGCGCCACUCGCCCGACUACCACCUACGCCUUCAGACAGUGGUGGAUCUAAAACCUCCGAUGACCGGGGGCACACAUCGGAUGAUGGGGGCAAGACGGUUGGCAGCAGCGGUUCCAACCUUAGGAUUGUCCUUUGUGUUGUUACAACUCAUGUAAUACUAUCGUCCAUCCAUUUCAUUGUCAAUGCAUAA